AUUGCUCCCCCGGUGUUCACCACUCUCACCCAUCAUGGAUAGUAAAUCCCCACAGUUAGUACAACCUGUUAUACAAGUUGACAAAAAAGGAAGACGACGUUACAUCAGUAGGUCAGUGUCUGAUUCCUCCAGUUAUGGGUAUCCAGGAAGCUACAGUAACUACACAUACACUCUCCCUAGCAACGGAUAUGGAGUUCCUAAUCUAAGUGUUUAUGGAAGUGGGCUUCCCUCAUACGACGUUAUGUCAAAAUAUACCAGCAAAAGUUACGAUACACAGAAAAAUUACGAUACGCCAAAGAGUUAUGACUCUUCCAUUGGAUCUUAUGGUUAUGUUUCAAGGUCACAUGGUUUAGGGGAUAAUUCUCGAUAUGGAGGAGCUACAGGGAGCAGUUAUUUAGGUACAAGUUAUGACCAGCCAUCUAGUACCCAUACUGGUUCAACAUAUGACGGGAGAAGUUUUGGUACAGAUGAAAAGACUUCACAUAGAACUACAGGUUACGACAGGUACAAAGAAACAACAACAUAUAAACCAGAUCUACCUUACGACCAUCAUAGCUUAUAUACUUCUUCUAAACUAGAGGAUUUUGUUACUGAACCUAGUGAAAGUACACGUCCAAGCUGGAGGGAUGCAUAUAAUGAGAAAUAUAGGAAAUAUAGUGACCGUUCAGACGUCCGGAAAUAUAGUGACCGAUCAAAUGACAAUCAGGAAAUUCACCGUCCAUAUCAGAUUAAAAAUGGAAAUUCUGACCAUCGUGAGGAACAUGUGUCGAGUGAUUUAGAGGAGCCUUCAUCUACAAGUUAUUAUAGUCGAUAUCGGGAGAGACAUAAAAAGGACAAAGAAAGACAUGGGAGCGAUUCUUCAGAAGGUCAAAGAUCAGAAUUGACCCCCAGUGAAAAGUUAGCAAUAAUUCGUCAAAGGAUACGUAAGCAUGAUACUGAUAGUGUUACACAUAAGAGUGAGGACGACGACCUUGAAAGACCUUCAUCUGUUUUGUCUCAGGAAUCUACCCCAAGGUCAUUACUGUCUCCUGUUAGUAAAACCUUCGAUGAACAUUCAGACAACAUUCCAAAAUGGCGUCAACGACAAGCUCUGGAAGAUUUAACUCAUUCAGAUAAAAAUAGAAUUACCCAAUCAAAAUUUAAGGAACGCUUAAAGAGUGAUUCACUACUUAGUGAAACAAACAAAAGUGAAAAAGAACAUAAACUAGGUGAUAUUUUAUCUUCUGAAAUUCAACCCAAUAGUGCUCUCGCAGAAUGGAGAAGACGUAAACAAGAUUGGGAAUCAAAUGCUGCGAAAGAAAGUCAGGAAAAAUUAGAAACAGCUAAACAGGAAAAUACUGAAAUAAAAGUCCCUCGUCCUACACGGCAUGAAUAUGAUACAAGAAGUAGAGCUCAAUACAAUACCCAAAGCCAGGAAACAUCUGAACAGGGAUACAGUACUACCGAUCAGUCUAAAGAUUCAAAACCUCAGGCAGAACAUCAUGGGGCAGAUGUAUUUACACAUAUCAGUGACUUACGUUCAAAGGCAGACGCAGUUAAAAAUAUUUUACGUCAGAGAGACAGCCCAGCCUUAAGAUCGAAAUACAACGAAGUGUGUAGAAGGCGAGACUUAUCAAAAGAUUCGAGUAAAGAUGAUGGGAGUGAAACGUCUUCUGUUGAUUUAGGGUCUCGUCCAGUCUCGUCAGAUUUUAGUGAUUCGUCACGACCGUCGUCUUUCAUUUUUGGAACAGAGUUUGUUUCUCAUAAAGAAACUUCAGAUGUUCAUAAAGGAUCUACUGACAAACAAGCACCUGGACGACCAAGAUCAAAUGUACAAGAAAUAAAAGAAUCUGUGCAAAUGAGUGACGACUCUGGUUUUAUUGAUUCAGUCAGAGAUAUCCCGAAAGUAAAAAGUAGUCAGAAGAAAGAAGAGGUAGAAACACCUCAGGCAUUUCAUGAAAAGUUACGAUCACUACGUGAUGUAAAUGAAAGUGGGACUAGGGAAGAUAAAAUUCAAUCUUUAUUGUUUGGAAAACAGGAUAGUCAAUCUUAUAUCAAGAAAGAUAGUACGGAAAAAAAUGUAUCAAAAACUAGAACCUUUUCAAAACCUUUGGAUGAUGCUAAAAAAGAAACAAAAGAUAAACAAGAGUCAAAAUUUUUUCAUGUGUCAACUAAAGAAAAAAUUUCAGUUCAUACAGAGACAAUUGAUCAUCCAUUUAAAUCCAAAUCAGUCAUAGGGAGAACAAAAUCUGAAACUGUAGAAAGACGGCCAAAAUCUGAAACUGUUGGUGGGAGGCCAAAAUCUGAAACGGUAGAAAAUCGGCAGAUAUCAGUUACAGACAGUGAUAAUACUGUAAGAGGGCGGCCAAAAUCAGUUACAGACAGUGAUUUGGUCAAGAAAUUUUCCCAAGCAAUAGAGGAGAGACCAAAAUCAGCAGUAUUUGGUCUGACUACCACUACUUCUGAAAGUCCUAAGAUAACGUCAGGGAACACUAAAUCAUCAAUCUCAUUAAAUAAGUCAUUUGACUCCACUCAUUCAAAAUCAAAAGACAAAACUGAAGAGAAAUCUGUAAGUUCUAAGGGAGAGAAAUCUGUAGGUUCAAAGGGAGAUAAAUCUGUAAGUUCAACGGAAGAGAAAUCAGUAGGUUCGACAAUAUCUGAACAAAGGAAAAGGUUACAAGGAAUGUAUAAAAAGGCUCAAACAACAGACAUUGCAUCUAUUUUAUCUCGAGACGAUGAUUCUGAGUCAGACGAUAUCUCAACAGCGUCAAGUGUAAGUGUAGCAGACAGUGAGAAACCUUCAACUCCAAUCUCUUUUGCCGAACUUUCGAAAUUGUCACGAGUUGAAAGGAUUGCUAAAUAUAAGGAAGAAAGGAGAAAACAGCUGGCUUAUAUAGCUAAUAGAAUCGUAGACAAAGAUAAGGGGAAGUCUGAUGUUGUCCCAUCUUUAUUUAUGUCGGCUCGUUCAUACGAUGACGAGAAAGGAUCAGUCACACGUUCUCACAGUGUUAAGUUAGAUUCUCCUCUUAAGACCCCUGUCACAAGAUCUAAAAGUUUACAUGAAAAAACUGACAGUCCAAGAACUAAAUCAGUAACUGAAACAGAAAAGUCACAAAGUAGCACACCAAAAGAGGAAGUGAAAUCACCUCGUGAAAAAUAUUAUGAAAAGUUGUCUAAACGAGAUCACAAACUUUCUAUUGGGGAUAGUGAUGAAGAUGAAACAAUAGAACAAAUCAAUGCCAGGACUAGAGAAGCUCUUUCAUCAAUGAUGAAAAGGGAGGUAAAAAAGAGUACUGAUGAUCUUAAAAGGAAAGAUGGAAAGUCAGAGGUCAAGAAAAAAGAGAUGACCUCUGAAGGUCAGACACAAAUUGAGGAUCAGGACAAGAAGGGAAAAUACAUGUUUUCAAUGGAAAAAAUGAGAAAGAAAUUUUUGUUUGGAGAUGAAUCUGAUCAGUCAUUAGGAAGUGAUCAAAAAUCAAUAAAAACUGAGGAUGAUAGUGCAUUAGAUAAACCAGAGAAAAAGAGGCGACAGUUGCCCUCCAUACCUCAGGCAUUAGGGGAAUCACCUACUCGUCCUAAAUCCAGCAUUGAGCUGUCUUCACAUGACACAAUAUCUAAGAAAGAUGUUCAGAAAAUGUUUAAUGAGUCAAAUGAAAAAUCUGAAAUUAAAUUAGAAGAAAAACAACAUGGCCAACGUAAUCGACAGGUGUAUUCUGAAGAUGAUGUGAAAAAUAUAAAACUGGAUGAAUCUAGUGUUUUAGAAAGAAAAGGAGAUUUUGUGUCUUUUAAGUUAAAUCAAAAGGAGGAGGAUAAAAAAGGGAAAAAGGACAUUGAUAGCUUGAAGUCUGACAAGAAACAGAAAUCACUGAGUACAUCUGCUGUAAAAAAUACAAAACAAAGUGAAACGAAAAUUCCAUCACCAAAACAUGUCCGUAAACGUUAUCAAAAAUCUUCUCCAGUAGCCUUUGUACCAACCACAGCUAGUGCUCAAGUCACAAAUGCUUCAAAAACUGUUAGUACAACAAGCGCUCUGAAAUCAAGUACCACAAUCAGCGCUCCUAAAACAGUUAGCACAACCAGCGCUCCUAAAACAAUUAGCACAAUCAGUGCUCCUAAAACAAUUAGCACAAUCAGCGCUCCUAAAACAAUUAGCACAAUCAGUGCUCCUAAGACAAUUAGCACAACCAGUGCUUCUAGUACAAUGAGUGCCACAAAAAUGAGUAGCACAAAUAGUUUUCCAAAAACAAAUAGUAAAAAUAGUGUGACACAGGUGAUAAGUGCUCCAAAAAUAAGUUGCACUUUUACUCCUCCAAAAACAAUUAUUACAACCAGUGCUUCAAAAACUAUUAGCACAACCAGUGCUUCAAAAACAGUUAGCACAACUAGUGCACCAAAGACAAUUACCACCACUAGUUCCCAAAAGAAUGCAAUGAAAACAAGCACAACAUCAAAAGCAACAAGUGUCUCUAAUAUGGGUAUUACAACUACUACACCAACAGUGCCAAACAUAACAGGUGCCACGAAACCUGUUGGAUCAUCUAAUGUACAGAAACAUUCUACAGUACCAAGUGGUUCAAAAUCACCAACAGAUGUUUCAAAAACAACUGAGAACAGUAUGAAUAAAGCUGCAAGUGUUUCAAAAACAGCUGUGGUGUCAAAUGCACCAUACACUUUGACAACACAUAAAGCUCCAAAAACAUUGAACUCGGAUAGUGAUAUAAAAUCAGUGACAACAAUAUCUUCACAAUCUACUAUGUCUAGUUUUGCCAAAACUGUUAAUACAAGUGCUCAAAAAGUGACAGUUUCUCCAGCUGACAGUCCUCAAACACAUAUUGUUUCUUCAACAGAUCAUCCAAGUACUGCUGCAGGAUCUGUUCCAGAAUCAUUAAAAUCGUCAGUUUCUAUGACAACAUCAAAAUUUUCAAGUAAAAGUACAAUACCCGAAAGUUCAUUGUCAACAACUGCAGUCUCAACAGUGUCUUCUACAAAAGCUUCAGUUCCUCAAACUUUUAACAGUGUUCCAUGUCCAACAAUGAAAACUAGUGAUACCAUGGUUACAUCAAAGGAACCAUCAGUGGUUUCAUCUUCUGCAAAAUCUGUUGUAGAUUCUGUACCUUUAUCUUCAUCGCCUGUUGAUUCAUUCAUAGCUUCUAAAUCACAAAGUGUGACAGUGCCGUCUGCUUCAAAAUCACAAAGUGUGACAGUGCCGUCUGCUUCAAAAUCACAAAGUGUGACAGUGCCGUCUGCUAGUAUUAAAAGUAUGGCUAUUACCAUGACCUCUAGUGUUCAACAAACUGUCUCAUCACCAAGUACCUCGGUAAUCACCACAGCAACAAGUUCUAAUGUUUCUCCUGUUUCUGUCCCUUCAUCCAAACACACAGCCGAAACAGAUACAAAAUCUAGUCUAAAACCUGCCAAACAAGUUUCAAGAAGCAAAUCGUUAACUGACAGUGAUAGUCCUUUACAGAGUCCACAAAGUCCUGGAUAUUCACCAAGGUUGAAAACUGUCGGUGUUUUAGCUGAUGCACCAGAUUUAGAUGAUAUUUUGAUGGAGAAUGUGGAAUAUUUGUCCGAUGUGGAAAUUUGUAAUAAGGACAAGUUACAACAACAUCAGUCGAGUCCUGUGGCUCAAGCUUUACAGGCAGACCAUCAUAAAUCAAAGAGGUCGCUACGUAAAAAAGUUCUUCAGAGGAGCAAGUCUGACGCAGAUAAACAUCACAGGCAAAGAGACGGUUCUUCACCUGAAAAAUUUGUUGCUAUGACAACAGAGGACCUGAUGGGAAGUUUAGUUGAUCAGAUGACAUUAGUCAAGGCAACAGAAUCCAAGACACAAGAUUACCAGGUAUUAACAGCUGGACCAGAGCAGACUGCUGUUACCAUGGUUUCAGGCCAUUCUAAAGACAAACAGGAAGUGAAGAAAACUUCAAAACCAAAUUUAUCAAAAUCAUCCAGUUCUUCGUUUACAUCAUCGGUAGAUCUUGAAAUAUUUCCUAAGGAAGCUGAAAAGUUGUCUGUUCAGACCGCUGCUAGUGUUGAAAAUGAAAGAGACAGGUUAAAGGUUGCUACAGACAGUUUCGAUGAAGUGACCUCAUCAGAAGAUGGGAAAGAACCAAGGUCGGAAUCAGAAAGACGGAAAAGGAAAGAUAAAAGUUCCCAAAGAAAAUCUACACUCAAUAAAAGUGAAGGUUUAUCAGGGGGAGACAAACCAUCAUCAUUUUCAUCAGAAUCAUCGGAUCUUGUUUCAUCUAAAUCUCAAGACGAUGUAGACUUUGAGGUAACAAAUUCUACAAGUCACCACACUCACCCCUCCUCACAGCAUGGUACUAAUCAUACUGAUAAUACCCAGCAUGCAACAGGAAAAUCUAUUUUAGAUCAUUUACUGCCAUCUAAAUUCUCAUUUCCAUCUAAGGUUUCCUCAGCAAUUUCGAAAUUCUCACAUGAAAAUGAGGCAGAAAGAAAAACUGAGGACUCAGCCAAAGCACCUCCAAAAAUCACUCGUAAAAACAAUUUCUCAUCUCUCUUACAACGAUUCUCUAGUCCUGAACCUGAUGAUCUAUCGCCACGGAAACAGUCUGGCCUUCGACGUCAAGAUGCACUAGGUAGUGGGAGUAGUGACGAGUCACGUAGGAGUACACCUGAGAGGACACAAAGUUUACGUGUAAAACGUACGCCACCUCCGGAGGAUAUAGAAACUAUCAAAGGAGUUCAACGAUCGGGGAGCUUUAAAUCUAAUUUUAUGCGAAGACAAAGUAGUCCAGAUCCAGUUGAACGUAGAAUUUUACCCAACAUUCCAGAUAAAGUUGACACUGAGCAUGUGCACUCAGAGGUUAUAACUGAGCAUGUGCAAUCAGAGGUUAUAACUGAAGAAGACGAAAUGAAAUCAAGCAGAACUUAUCUCUGUCAAGCUAGCGAUAAACCAACUGAUGAAUUGGCAGAAAUAUUAAAACAACGAAAAAAACAUGUGAAAACUCAACAGAAAGACGGAGAAAAAGAUGAAAGGGAGAGAAUUACUAGUAAGAAAAUUGAAAAAGCUGAAAACUUGGCCCCAGCAGCUGAUGUUGAAGAAGUUAUUGAGAAUACGGAAGUUUUGUCUAUUUUAAAAGCAAGGAGACACGAAACUGAUUCUCGCACUGUAAAUGGUGUUGAAAAGCCAGCACCAUCUGUGUCAGAAGAACGUUUAACUGUUCAGCCAUCAGAACCUAUUACUGAAGUUUCAUCUGUGUCUCAGGAAUCUGAAGUUAAGGUUGUCCCACGUCUCCCAAGGAAAUCGUCUCGGGAUCUUACAAAAUCCCAAGUGGCCUCAUCCAACAUGGCGCCCUCAAAUGAAACUCAAUCUCAUAAAAAUGGAAUUAGUGAUGUGAAACCGGACUUGUCAGACAUUGAUACAAGUCUGGCUGUUCUAGCCGAGGUGUCACAGGAUAUAGGUGGCGCCAAACCUUCAAUCAGACGUUUAUCUUCCGAUGAAUUAGGUAGCAUGAAGAGUGCUUUAUCUAAAGUGGACAUAGAAUCUCCUCAACAAGUGACAUCAUUCAUUAAGGAUGUACGGAGAACAUCACACGGAAAAAUUGAUGCAGAUUCAGUAAAAAAUUCUGAAAAAGAAGUUUGUGAGGACAAGAAGGUUGAGCUAAAAGUGGAAACAAAAAGUAGUGUUACGCAUCAAAAAGUGGAAGAACUUCGUAAGUCACCUGAAAGGAAAGGUCAUAUAUCUCCAAGCUUGUUGGAAAAAGUGAAAGCAACUGAAGCUAAAUUAGCAAGUUUAGGUACAACAAGUUUAAAACGUUCAGAAUCGUAUGGUUCUAAAAAUGAUAGAUUUAAACCGAGAGGAAUACUUAAACGUGCUGAAUCUAUGAAAAAAGCUGGUGUUGUUGUCGAUCCUGAACUAGCUACAAUAUUACAGAGGAGAAGAUCACGUCAUGAGGAUGAUUCACCAGAAAUUGAAAAGGGAUCUAAAAUGACUCUCUCUGCUAAAGAUGAUAUUCAAGAAAGUUUAAGACGAGAACAAGAGCAGCGUAAGAGUAUUUCUCACGACAACAAUGACAAUCAGGACGUACCAAUGCCUUCCAUUACAGAGAGAAUAUUUCAUAUGGCAACAAAGUUAGAGGAAACAAGGUCAUGUCCUAUAACACCAAAGUCAAGGUCAGGGGCAACAACUCCUAAACUUUCUGCAUUUUAUAGAUCUAGUAGUUCCACGUCUCAGUCUUUUGACCAAGAUGAGGCUUCAACUUUAACUGGUAAUAAUUUGCUACAGAAACUGAAUACAUUGGCCGAGCAGAGAUUAUCCUCAGUACAAGACAAACGGAAAAGUUUUCAGAAACGUCCCAGAGAUGAUUGGAGAACACGGACACAGCCUGUUACCAUCGAGGAGUUAGAGGAGGCAGGAAACCUUGCCACUGUCCAAGCCUUCCGAGCAGAAGUUUUAAGAAAAGCUUCAUCAAAUGUGUUUCAGCAAUUCAGUAAACAAGAUAAACAGAUUGUAUACAGGAAAACAGAAUAUCCUCAGCACCUGCAGAGGAAGAGGCGUGGUCGUAGUGUCCGCCAUAAAACAUUACCUGUUACGGCAGCAGAACUUGGCUCUGUGCCAGAAUCUGAAGAGAUUAGACUGAUGUCCAACAGAUUAAAGUCACGUCACAGUGGAAUGAGGGACUCUAAAGCCGAUUCUGGAAUCGUGUCAGGGUCAGAUUUAGAAGGGUAUGAUUCGGCCCGAUCUGACAGUUCACGAAGUUUAAGUUUAGAGGCAGAAUUAAUGGAGGAUGAUCCGGCACGUCUCAGUGUUUCAGCGAAGGCGUCCAUGUUUAAAAAUAUCAUCGAAGAUAAACCAAAGAAAUGUGCCAGUGGAGCAAAGCGUUAUAUUGACAGGAAGAAGAGAGAGAGGUCAAGGACACUUCCAGUAACAGAUGACGAGGUUCAUUCUGCAGCAGAAAUAGCAGAUGGAGAAGUGGAAGUCACUGAGGCAGAAAGAAAGGCUGUUGAGGUCGAUGAAAACGAAGGAAUCCAUGAUGAAAAAUCAAAACGGAGUUUAGCAGAGAAGGUUCAACUAUUCCAGAACUUGAAAAAAGAAGAAAAACCUGCAGAAAAGUCCAAGGUUCCACCACCUGUAGCCAGGCGGAAAAACAGGAAGUUAGCUUCACGCUUCAGUACACAGCCUGUAACCUUUGAGGAGGUAGAAAAGGCAGCUAAAAUCUCCCCCUUGGCCAUGAGUCUAGCCAAACCACCUGACCCAGAAAUAUUAAAAGGUCUCUCUCUCAGUUGCCAGCGUGAGGUCAUGGCCAAACAUGCUGAAGCUUCACUUUCACAACCAGGGUCAAGGUCAUCAUCAAGACAUGGGUCAAUGGGUGAUUUGUCUGAAGACUCAAAGAAAAAUUCAGGUAUUUUAAAAUCUGCUGAAAAGGUGACAGAAAUGUCGGUGAGUCAUAGUAUCUUAAAAGACAAACAAGCUAAAACUCCAGAUACAGACGUGAAAAGUAUUCUGAAACCUGAUCAUAUUCACGCUGAUACAGAACACCAUAGUAUCUUAAAACACACGGACGAUUUGACUUCUUCUGAAACUAAACAUACAGAACAAAGGAGCAUUCUGAAACAUGAAGAGGAAGUUAAGACCAAAGAUGACGAUAAAAAGUCAGUAAAACCAAUCUUAAAACAUGAUGACGAAAAAUUACAAGACACAGACAAAAAAUCAAAGAAGCCGAUUCUUAAACAUGAGGAUGAAGAGAAAACUUAUCGUCAUGGUAAUGAUGAGUCAGUUAAAGCAAUUCUACGUAAAAGUGAAAGUACUGAAAGAAAACAUAAAAGUGAAGAGGUUAAACCAAUAUUAAAACAUCUUGAUGCAUUAGAUGAUCCUGUGAAAUCUAAGGACUUCGACAAGAAACGGAAAUCAAUUGAAGAGGACUUGCAUCUGACACCUAUACUUAAACACACGGAAACGGUGGAAAAAAGUGGGGAUGUAAGGGGCAUGUUAAAGAAGGAGAAAUCUCUAGAAUUGUGUUCUGAACCUAAAGGCAUUCUCAAAAAGGAAAGUAGUUUUGAAACAAAAGUCAACGAGCCUGAAAAAAGCUCAAUGAAAAAAUCUCCUUCGCGGGAGGUAAAGGAGGAAAAACUUCACAGCAUUUUACAUAAAAGUUCAGAGGAAGAGGAUGUAUCUGUCGAUGUUGAGGUGUCCCUUACGCUGGAGUUAGAAUCAGAGGUGGUAGAGGAAGUAGGAAAUGUAGCCAAGACUAGACGAGGGAGGGAUCCUGCUGACAAAGAAAGAUACUUGACUCAGCCAGCUGAUACUGCACAAGAAAAAUCUCCAGAAACACCUAGAAAAUUCAAAUAUACUGGGCGACAUAAAACUCAGCCUAUUACACCAGAGGAGAAACGGGAUGCUGAAAUUGAUUCUGACGUCUCCAGGAGUGGGAGUCUCCAAGACAGGCUCAAUCUUCUGAAGCAAAAUGGAGAGGAAGAAUGGAAAAAAAGGGUACAAAAACCUUCAGAUAUAGAACAAUCACCGAUGGAGAUCAAGCUUAGGGAGAAAGUAGGUGCUUCCACGGCACGUCCGUCUAGUAUAGCUGAUCGUCUCAAUCUACUAACCACAGCUCAAGGGGGAUGGAAAGGAAGAGUGGAAGAGACAGACGCUAAGACGUUCACAGUUGCUCAUAAACUGGCUGGUCAGGUAGAGGACAGUCCUUUGGUGAGGAAGUUGAAAGGUCUUACUAAGAGAGAAUCUGAGUCCGAGUCUGGAUCCGAGUUAUCUUCUCCUAGUACCCCAUCCCAGAAAGAAUGGCCAAAAAUUCCUAUCCCUCAAACUUUGAUAGUUGAUCCCACCGCUAUAAUCACGCCCAAGGAAUCAGCACCACCCCCUGAGAAGGAAAUAGAAGAAGAAGAACCAAAGGGUCCAGUUAGAGUUACGGUUCCUGAUAAUAACGAUGAAUCUAUAAGAUCUUUCUUCCACAGCAGAAAAGUUACAGAAUUAUCCACACAGAAAGUGGACGUAUCUAUCGACGAUUUCAAUGAACUAUUUAUCUUAGCCAAUGAUAUGCUUCCGUCCAUUCAGAGAAUCCGUCCUAAGAGGAAACACCAGGGAAGCUUCAAGAAUCCUCUCAGAUCCAUCCAUAGUACCAUUGAGAUUAAAACUGAGUACGAAGAGGUCAGCACUGGACUGGCUGAGAAAGAGAUUAAACGAAUUAAAACAGAAAAAAUAUCUAAAGGUGCAGGUUUUGCCCAGGCAGCUUUAGCAGGACUUGCCAGUACAGAAGACUUUGCCAGUGUUAACUUGCGUAGAACUGAUUCCAUGAAAGGCCUUAAUUCCAUCGAUCCAUACAAGGACCUCAUGCUCCUACAUGUCAAAGGUCGUAGACGUACACAAGUCAGACUUGUAGAACCUGUGGCUAGCUCUGUUAACAGUGGUGAUUGCUAUGUUCUUGUCACACCUGAUAAAAUCAUCCAAUGGGUGGGAGAGUAUGCCAAUGUUAUAGAGAAAGCUAAGGCUGCAGAUGUAGCAUCUUUCAUCCAACAGAAGAAAGAUCUUGGUUGUAAAGCACCAACCGUCGUAGCAGUUGUUGAGGAAAAGAAACAGUUCAUGGGAGCAGGGAAACAUUUCUGGUCCGCUCUAGGUGGGCAGGGAACAGUAGGGUCAGCGGGACCACAAGAGGAAGAUGAACUCUAUGAAAAUCAUAUCGUAGAAACUAACAUGAUUUAUAGACUAGAAGAGAAUGCUCUGGUUCCCUAUAGAGAUUUCUGGGGGAGUGUACCAAAAAUAGAAAUGCUCAAAAAGGAUGAGGUGAUUAUAUUUGACUUUGGAAGUGAGCUGUAUGUUUGGCAGGGGAAGGCUGUUAAACCCGACCAGAGAAAACUAGGUGUCAAGUUAGGGAGGAAGUUGUGGGAGAAUGGAUAUGACUACAGAGCUGCACUGAUUAACCCUCUCUGUCCACUCAGAACUGAGGAGUGUGGUGGUUUAACCAUGGACAGUACAAAGAGACCAGAAUGGGCAUUGUUUGGUAAAGUCAACCAAAAUAUGGAAACCAUCUUGUUUAGAGAGAAGUUUGCUGAUUGGCCAGACAAUUCAAGGUUAAUCAAGGUCAAAGGUCCAGAUGAUAUGUCAGGCAGUAAGAUGGACUUAGCUGACCUGAAGCCUUUUGAUGCUAACCUGAUGUUACGACUAAACACUAAGCCUGUGACCUUAGUUCUCGAGGGGUCAAAUGUUGGCAGAGGAAGAGAAUGGGAUGAGGACAUGGAUGGAUUUAUCAGGAAACAGAGUAUCGUUACGUUAGGGGUCAAAGUUUGGCACGUGCUGGAGUAUGACCACUUUGAAUUAGAAGAGACAAGUUACGGACAAUUCCAUGAUGGUGAUACCUAUGUUGUACGAUGGCAAUAUAUGAUUACAAAUAAAGAAUCUAAGGACUUGAAAGGUUCCCAGUCCAGAAGAUCUCUGGUUGGUAGAGAAAGAUGUGCAUACUUCUUCUGGCAGGGUAAAAAUUCUACCAUCAACGAAAAGGGGGCAUCAGCUCUUAUGACAGUGGAACUCGAUGAAGAAAGGGGACCUCAGAUUCGGGUUGACGAAGGGAAGGAGAUACCAUGUUUUCUAAAUUUAUUUAACGGAGAAACAUUAAUACAUAUUGGUAAACGUGAAGAAGAAUCGACUAAUACUCAAGGACCGUGGAAAUGUUACUGUGUUAGAAAUGUUUUAGAAGAUGAAACCUGUUUGAUAGAAGUGUCGGCAGAUAUAUCAAGCUUGAGGAGUAGGGCUUCGUUUUUAUUGUUGAACAUUCAGACUGGGAAAUUAUAUGUGUGGCACGGUUGUCAGUCUCCUAAACAUACACGGAACCUAGCGGUGACAGCAGCUAACAAACUCAAAAAUAGGUGUGCAUUAGAAGUAGGAUUAAACAAACAGGCUACCAUAUCUAUGACUGAAUUAGAGGAGGGAAAAGAAUCGUUAGAUUUCUGGAGAGUUAUGAAUGUCACACGUAACGAUCGUUCAUCAUACUCAUCGUUAUUAACAGUAUCUAAAGAUUCUCAGUCGAUCCGAUUGUUUCACAUGACAAGUGUGUCAGGGAUAUUUGAUGUUCAGGAAAUACUUAAUCCCACUAGGGUACCAGAUCUAGUCAGUCCAUUCCCUGUUCUACAAUCAGAUAUCUACAGAACAUCUCAGCCAGAGUUGUUUAUGUUAGACAGUGGUGAUGUGGUCUACCUGUGGCAUGGGUGGUGGCCAGAAGGAACAUCAGAAGUGGAGAACGUCCAGACAGGGUCAGCUCAGGCCAAGUAUAAUGUUGACCGGCAAUGUGCAAUACAGACAGCAAUAGAAUAUUGUAAAGUUAAAUCACCAGAUAAUCCAUUAAAAUCAUACGCUGUGUUCGCUGGACUGGAACCAUUAGAAUUUACUAAUCUGUUUCCUUACUGGGAGGUGAACACAACAGCCAGGGAACUCAACCUCAAGGAUGGUAAAAAGUACACGGAGUUAACUCCCUUAGAAGAAAUAUUAGAAAAGAUGAUGAAAACUCUUUAUACUUUUGAAGAGCUACAAGAGCGCCCUCUACCAGAUGGUGUUGAUGCUUUACGUCUUGAAUCAUAUCUCGGAGAUGAAGAAUUUGAGGAGUUUCUACAAAUGACAAAAGAAGAAUUUUACGCACUGCCUGCCUGGAAACAACAUGCAUUGAAGAAGGAUGUAGGACUGUUUUAAUGAGAUUAGGACAUACAAGUAAAUAGUGGUAGAUGCUACCCAUGUCUUUCUCCAGUAAUUGUGAUAGUAACUUUGUCCAGUUCAAGAAGAUGACAACCAUACAACAACUGUCUUACUCAGGAAAUGUAAAGGGCAUUUAGAACAAAUCAGGUUGAAAAGGGAUGUAACUGGUUUAAGUCACGAAAAAGUUUGUAACGGAAACUAGUUUCAUCAGAAAUAUUAAGCAUUCAUGCAAAACAGAUUUGAAAACAUCUUUGUUACUUAUAAAGCUUCAAAUAUAUUUUUGAAAAUGGUUGACAAACUAAAACAUACCAGUGAUUCUCAAAAUUCAAGGUCAUCACUUUACAUAUCCACAUUGUUAAGAAUGAUCCAAGGGCAUAAAGAACAAUUAUACAUAGGAAUGAUACAAAUACAUAAAAGAAAAAAAGCGUUACCGAGCACCAAUGGUUUGCAACAUUUUAAAGGUUGAGCAGGAUAAUGACCCAGAUGCAUAUUUGUUGUUGCCAUUAUUUCUAUUGGAGGUUUCAGGCAAAGAUCAAGAAUGCAUCAUUUUGUAGUCUUAUUCCCAUUGGAGAUUUUAAACAAAGACCCAGAAUGCAUCAUUUUGUAGUCUUAUUCCCAUUGGAGGUUUUAGACAAAAGUGACUUAAAACAGUGAGGUGAACCUUUUUGUGUGCAAUAUUAGAUUAAGAUCAAGAAAAUCCUUCACACUCAUCUGGCAUUAUCUUCAUCUAGCAUUGAGAUAGCCUAAAGUAAUAUGCAUUUAUAUCUAUGUCAUUAAACUUGUUACUGAGGCAUUUACAUUAAACCAUGUGACUUAUUUACAUGUGUAGUUAAGUCAUGUGAAUUAGUCCCAUGUGUAGUUAAGUCAUGUAACUAAUUCACAUGUGUAGUUUAGUCAAUGACUAAUUUACAUUGGAAGUGAAGUCAUGUAACUAAUCUGUUUAAUAACAAACAGAAGAUUAUGUACUUUGAGUGUUUCAUCAAAAUGAGACUUAAUUACCUAUUCAUGUGAUACAGAAUUAACGUCCCAUUGCUUUUCCCGUAGUCAUUUGAUACUUAUCCAAUGCUCAAAUCAUCAUGCAAUGAUUACAUAGUCUUCCAAACAAAGAAUUUUCAUUUUUAUGGAAACUUAUUCAUUUUUUAACCAUGUUACUGACAUAAACCAACAGCUACAGUUUGACUUGUAGAGUUUGUUAUAUAAUUUAAAAUUUAUUUUCUAUAACAAUGAUUUCACUAGGAUUUUAGACAGUUAUUAAGAAAAUAACAUGACAUUGAAUACAUGUUAAAUUUUAUUGACAUAUUUAUUCUAAUUAUAAAAACCAGGACACCAAUAGUACUAAAUGCUGUUAAAUUAUUGAUUAUUUACAUUUGUCUUAUUUUACCUAUUAUGUUUUACAAGAAUGUCAGAAACAGACUCAUGGAGACAUGCAUUUCUAAAGGGUUUUUAUAGUACUAUGACAUCAUGCUAUUAGAUAAGAUGUAAAUGUAAAUAAUGAAACAGCUAAAAAUAGAUUCCAUAAAGAAUAUCAAGUUUCCUAUAUUCCUCAUUGAUAAAUUAAUGGUGCUUCUCUCCCCUUAAUGUUGCUGUUUAUUGCAAUAUAUGUGUGUACUAUUGUUUGUUAUUAUGUUUUGCUUGUUUGUUGAUGUUAGUAUGUCUAUGAUGUAUAUCUUUGACCUUAGUUCUGUUAAAAAGAGAGAGAGAGAGAGAGAGUGAGAAAGAGAGUGCAAGUAAAAAGUGUCUAUAUAUAUAACUUUACAUUAUUUAAGUUCUGCAACAGAGAGAGUCAUGUCUAUAUGUCCAGAGAAUGUAUACAUGAGAGAUGAUAGUAUACAGACUUUUUGACAACAGUUACAAUAUACAAAAUAUCACUAGGAAACAAUGCCAUUGACCUGUAAUGGUUUACUUUUAUAGGUUGUGACUUGGAUGGAGAGUUGUGUCAUUGGCACUCACACCACAUCUUCCUAUAUCUAUAUACUUAUAUACUAAGAUAUGAAGUAAUAUAAAUAAUGUUUAAUUGACUUGAUAACUGGAAAUAAAAUGGUUUAAGUGGAGAUAUUCUGUUGGCUGUCAUAACUCAAAACAGAUUUGUAUAGGUACAAGCUUUUUGUACAAGCUGCUUGUUUUUCUUUCAUGGCAGGAAUGUAUAAAAAUUAUAUGUUUGUGAGAAAACUGUGGCAUUUAUAUACAGUUCUAUUUUCAUAUUUAUUUAUAUGGCAGAUUUUAAGAACCAUAUCGGAAAAGAUUUUAAGUUUUUAUUUUAGUGUCUGUGCAUUCAAGAUGUAAAUUUGUAUCUAUACAGUUAUUUCCCCUUACACAAAGACAAAGUUAUCCCCCUGGAGAAGAAUGAUUUUUUGCAAGUACUUCAAACCAUUUAAAUGGUAUUUAUAUGGUAAUUAUUAUGUCAGGGGAAGAAAUUCUGCCUUUUGUGUAAAGGGGAGUAACUCCACAUUCUAUUUAUGUUAUUUUUGUAUCAAAGAUGUAUAUCUUAGUGAUGUAAAUGUAUUGUCCAGAUUUUUACUGCUGAAGAAUUUAUUUUCUAUUGAUGUGCUUUUCUGGAGAAGUAAAAGAAAUAAUUAUAUUUUAAAGCAUUUGAAACAGGCUCAUAUCUUACUGUCAAAACUAUACAUUUUAUUAAGUUCAUUUAAAAACAUUGAAGAUUCUUGAAUUAAUCGGUGUUUGGAAAAAGAGUACUGGCCCUUAAAUGUUUGUUAAAUUGAUUUCGUCUGAAAAUGGCAAUUUUUACGAUCAUUUAAACCAUUUCACUUAACAUUUGCUAAAAAUCUAUAAUGGCCUCAAACUUUUUAAGCUUAUGAAUAUUUUUUUUAUUUUCCAUUUAUGUGUUUAUGGAAUGUUUAGUUCAUCGUCUUCAUGAUAUAUAAAAUUGCAUCUUUUGAAUGCUUUAAAUUAUAUAUAUUUAAUACUAUAAAAAAAGCUUUAAUAUGAUCUCAGGGGGGAUAACUCUACCUGCUCUGUCAGGAGAGAUAACUCUGCCUGUUUAGUCUGUGAUGUCAGGACAGAAAUCUCAUUUUUGUCACUAUGAUAAAUUAUAUAUUUUUUUUGUAAUAUUACUAGUUCUGUAUAUUUUGAAUCUUUAUGACUGCUGGUGGUCCUUUGUUGUUUAUGCUUUUGUUGUCUCUACUUUUGGUAAUUUGCUGAAUUAUUGGUUACUCACAACCUACAUAAAACUUCUACGAAAGAUUUGUUCAAUGAAGAAUUUCAUAGUCUUAAAACUCAAUAUAACUUUUUAAGUUUCAGAUUUAUUUGUUAGAUAUAUAUAAACUGUAGUCAAUGUAUCCCUAUAAAUAUGCAAAUUACCAUAGAGACAUGUGACCUGUGAUGAACUUUGUAUUGUCACAUGUUUAUCAUGUGAUCAUUUUUAUGUUAUGCAACAAAAAAGUGCUUGCAAAUGAACUCAUAAUUAAAGAAAUUGAAUAUA